AUGCGAAUCGAAUUCCCUAUUGAGAUGUGCCUGCCACACAUCAUCGGAACCCCAUACCAACAAUGGGUCACUUUCGAGCUUCACAUUGUCUCCGACUCUCCGGUCGAAUGGCAGAUGACUGGUACUGGGGAGAAUCUGGAGACUACAGCUGCGCAUCCAUAUGGUAUACUGGACCACAAUGAACUGGGAGACCCCCACUGGGUCGAACCCACGAUCGCCCGUCAUCGCGAUCCUUUUGGUGCCUUUCCACUGCGGUAUUGCCUGUCCAUCCGCACGCCUCAUCCCUGGCCCGAGUGGUGGCCGUCGUCUGAGACACCGAGACGCAGUCGCAUAGUGAGGCUCUCCGCUGCGUCGCAACGAACGGACGCCACCAACCGACUGAACCGUCUCGCCCGAUCCCGCGAACAGACGGUCGCAGAUCACACACGCUGCCGCCCGAAUCGCCAUGUCAUGCCGGCAUACGUAUACGCCAGGGGAGGGGCAUGA